AUGAAUACAAAUAACCUUCCCACAGAUUGCUUGUUGUACUUGUGUGAUUUUAUGAUCCUUCAAUUGAAUGAUUAUUGCAAUAUUUUCCUAGUUAACAAACAUUGGAGGAAUUCAUUGGAAUUGAAUAAUCAUUUCUGGUUGAGGCAAGUGUGUGGUAUUGUUAAAAUGGCUUCCGAUGAUCAUCAUCAUUCCUUUGAUCAAUUGUGUAGCAUGGUAAUUUAUGGAAAUUGGACUGAAUUCAAAUUAAAGUAUAAAGGAAAUGUGUAUUUACAUAAAUUUUGGAAGAGAAUUGAAAAGUUAAAGGAAAUGAGUAGUGAUAUUGAACUCUUAAAAUCAGCAGCUUUUCAAGUGAUUGUGCAAUUUCAUAGAAAUGCAUCGAGUCAAUUUCAAAAAGAACGGUUAAAAUUGGAGAACACUCACUAUUUGGAAAGGUUUGAAAAGUAUCACUUCUUUUAUCAAGAUGAAUAUCAGUCGAAUGUCAAUAUGAUUUUAACAAUAGAUAGCAUGUUCAUGACUCAUUUCUCUCAGUAUUGGGUUUAUUUGAUAGGCUUUGAUACUAAAUAUCCAAAUACACCAACCAGAUUAACAACCAUGUUUUUACAGAAAUGUAUCGAGUCGAAACAGAAUUAUUGUGGUAAAAUGGCAAGUCUAUUGUCAUUUACUUUGAAUAGUGAGACACUCAUUGGUAUAGAUGUUGAGAAUUUUCUAUCAACCUUGAUCAAUUCAUUGCUAAAGUAUUUCACAAACCCUAGUAUUAGCAAGAAUCACAAGCAAAAGCUCGAUCUUUAUCAAAAAUUGAUUGAUGAAAUGUUUUUGAAUUUGAAUGAGUAUCAUAGUGGUGAAAUAUUUGUUUCAAUAAUGAAACGACUUCAGUCUGAUAUUUUCCCACUUGUUUCCAAAGAAAAGCAACAAUGUGAGAUUGUCACAAUACCAAAAUUGUCAAAACAAUUAUUGAAUAUUAUUUGCCAAGAUGGAAAUAUGAGAGAAAAUAUUAUCCCUUUCGUAUUUUCUAAUUUUCGAGUGGAGAGUAACAUGUUACAAACCUUAUUGAAAAGUUCAAGAGAUUCAUUUAUAGUGAAAUGGUACUAUACUACUUUACGAGAUGAAUUCACAUGUGUGAUCUAUCCUCAAAUCGAAUAUGUGAUGGGAGAAGAGUUGAUUUCAUUUCAAGAAUUGAUCCAAACAUUGGCUAAUCAUUACAUGAAACGAGGGAAGACAUUUAAGAAACUGUUGCAAGAUAUUCAAAAAACUAGCUGUCCAUUCAAAAUGGUACUUAGAAAGGGCGUGGGAUUAUUAGAAACCAUUGAGCAUUUGGAAUAUUACUACCAACUCUACUCGACCAAUAUGAAGAAGGAUGUUGUAAAAGAGUAUUUGGCUGAAGCACUUGGAGAAAUGUUUCCAAGUAUGAUAGAAAGUAGUGGCGUUCCUUUCGCCAAGAGUAUUGUCGAUCAUUACAAGACCAAUUUCCAUAUUCCUCUUCACAAAUGCUCAAAAAAGAAUCAUGACGCAAACAUGUGCUUUGAUAUUUGUGAGAUUUUGACUGCCAAUCAAAAUUGUCCAAAGAAUUGGAAAGAUAAUCAAGCUUACUUUACGAUUCAUCCAAUAGCUUUAUAUUUAAUUGGAAAUAGGUAUUGUUAUGGUGGAAAUCUUGAUCUUUCGAGCUUUCUUCCUGAAUAUGGAGAAACUAUAAUUACAGUUCCAAUUUUGAUAGAUUUUGUGAGAACCUAUACUGGUAAUGAUAGUUCACCAAUUUAUAGUUUUCCCUAUUCGAAAGUUCCACCAACAUCUAUUCGAUUCAUUUUGAAGAAGGUCACAUUGAAAACCUUACUUGAAAAUCCAAUGCUUAUUCUGGAUCACCUGUAG